AAGAGAAAAGAAAGAAUUUAAAAAAUAACCCUAUAAAUGGCCCAACUAGCAAGGGCAGCUAAUAUCAUUGAACUAAUCAACAUCAAUAUGUCAAGAAACUGGACUUGCUCUACGAAAAAAUCAACUAAAAGGAACGAGUUUUCCGAACGACAUGUUGAAUCAUUUUCCCUCAUCCACGCACUCUACUUCGCGUGCCAAAGAAACAGCCACUGAAUUUACCAGAAGCAAGCCACCAUGGUGCCAAUCCUUUUGCUGAUUACUACUGCCGCCAACGACAACGAAUCGAGCCGGGUGGGGAAAGUUUAGCUUUUCCUGAACGAUGAUGAUGAGUGACAGUACAUCGACGGGCGAGGAAAAAACUAUAAAGCAAGGUUCACGCAACAAGCUGGACUUAGUGUACUGAUUUAAUUCGACACCAAAUGGAUACGCGGUUUUGGUAGCGCGGCUCAGAAAACAUCUACUGUCGAUGGGAAAAUAAUUACGCGAAAUGGCGAAUCUAGUGCAAAUAGUUAUCAUCAUAGCUACGAUCCACAUCGUCCGACCGUUAUCGAUCGAGCAUCCGCACAGCUUUUCGCUAUUCAAGCGGGGCGUCGUGCUUGGGGACAUGACAUACAGCUAUGCCUCGACGGAUAUGGGAUCUUCUAAUGGAGGACGUGUUAAAACGUUGACUGUCAUCAAAAACGUAUCCAUACCCAAACCCACCAGCACAAUGUUCAGCGAUCGCACAGAGCAAUUCUUCGAGACGUUCGAUUUAACCGGUCACAAGAAGCAAGAACAAGUUCAGUACUGGCCUCCGGACGAUACCAACAAAAUGAAGAAGAUUUCUCUUAAACCACCAACGUUCGAGAUACCUAACAUACCCAAAAUUAAAGAACCCCCACAAGAAGAACUUAAACAUCCAGCGGAACUGCUAGAAAUUGUUAAAAGUGCAUCAAAAACCCAAAGUCAACUGAUAAAAGCGCAGAAAUUUGCUAACGACGACACUGGUCCUGUCAUGUUUCCGCCGGAUGCCCAAAUGAUGAAGAAAAAGAAUAAUGGCGUGGUUAGUGUAGCUAAAGAAUAUACCAGCAUACUUACUAGUACGCCAAAAGACCGUAGUAAAACUAAAACUGUCAGUAAACUAAGCACAAAGGUUGAACCAACAAAAACCCAGGAAUCCCAUCCCGAUAACUACAAUUCGUUUGAUCCUAGUUCCCUGUAUGAAGACGAUUUUGAUCAAACGGAAUACGUUUACUCGCCGGAGACUAAAACAUUUGCCUUCAAACAGAUUUCCAAGGCUUCACCCGACCUUAAAGAUAAGCUCAAGAACACUGCAUAUGCCGUUAAAGAUCCUUCCCCACCGAGUACGAUAGACUUCAAACUGUAUAACGAAAACGCAACAACAACUCCGGAUUUGCUGUUCUCCGAGCUGGCAAACGCCGUGGCCACUCGGAACGUCUCGAUGAUCAAAUCCUUGGCCGGGCAGCUGGAGGAACCUUUCGAGUUUGCCAAGUUCAACUUUGAGUCGCUCAAAACCGAAGAAUACAUUCCGAUUUCAUUCGAUUUCAAUCCAACCAGUAAGAAGGAACCGAUGCAGGAAACGACCACGACGGAAAUGAAGAAAAUGGACAUUUCGGAUGAGUUUGGUCCCACGACGGUAGAGACUCCUAUGCCGACCACCAAAAAGCCAUCCAAGUACAUUGCACCAAGACUGAGGGGAUUCAAAAGAUUUUCGUCCCGCAAGCAGUGAACCAGCCAUUAUUGUUGAAUAGUUUACGUAAGAGAUUUAGUAAUUUAUUACAGUUGUUUUCUUUAUUUUUAGACCUUUUACCGAGUUGAGUAUUCUGCUUUUGAAAUAAAAACAUUAUCGAACGUAACGUUUUAGUACAUGAUCCGAAGCUUUACAUGCAAUGUUUGAAGAAGAUAACACAAGAACUAUUUCUUUGCCAUACUUUUAAAAGAAUUGGAUAAAAAAUAUUUUGAACAAAGUAUUACGCGUAUACAAUUUGGACAAUUACAACAAAAUCAAAAGGAAAAAUCUAAAUAAUUUAUGCUUAAUCUGACCAAAUUUACUGUUUCCUUUUUGUUUCAUCACUUCCACGAUUGUCACGCAACUUUUUUUUAUAAAUCACCCUCAUUCUUGUUUACGUCGGAUCCAGCUUUCGACCGAAUCCUAUUCGUUCGAAACCAUGGCCCUCGAUUUUGCUGGCGCAAACGGGAAUGCAAACGGGUUUCCGCUCCAAAGAACUUAAACUAUGAUAAGGGUGAAUAAUUCAUAAAACUUUUUCAAUGUUCAAAAUAUUGCAUAUUUUUGAAUUUCAAGCUUUGUGAACUCUUGUAAAUCAGUUUUUUAAGCUCUCAAAAAAUCAAUGAAAAAGUUAGGAAGAUUUUAUAUGUUAUUCCAUCGAUUGUUCUGAACUGUUAGCCAAAUUAAAAUUUAAGGGGGCAGGAUCCGUCAUUGAUAUAGGAAUGUCCAGAAGCAGUUUUUUCGUUCAAAA